AUGUCGCAGACACAGACUAUGAAAGCAGUAGUGUAUCAAGAGCCUUUCAAGGUAUCGAUCGAAGAGCGCCCUGUCCCGGAACUAGAACACCCGGACGAUGCAUUGAUCAAAAUCACUACAGCUGCCAUCUGCGGAUCUGACCUACACAUGUAUCAAGGGCGGACAGCCGCACAAGGCGGGUUAUGCUUUGGGCACGAGAAUAUGGGUAUCGUGAUUGAGACCGGCACGGGUGUAAGCCUGCUUCAGAAGGGCGAUAGGGUUGUGAUGCCUUUUAACGUCGCCGAUGGGCGGUGCAGGAAUUGUGAGGAGGGAAAGACGGCUUUUUGCACAGGAGUCAAUCCCGGAUUCGCCGGCGGUGCGUAUGGCUAUGUGGCAAUGGGACCCUACCAAGGAGGACAAGCGCAGUUCAUCCGCGUGCCGUACGCAGAUUUCAACUGCCUCCCCCUGCCCGCCGGCACAGAGCACGAGAGCGACUUCAUCAUGCUAGCUGACAUCUUCCCCACGGGCUGGCACGGCGUCGAGAUCUCCGGCUUCCAGCCCGGCGAGAGCAUUGCUGUCUUUGGCGCUGGGCCGGUGGGUCUCAUGGCUGCGUAUUCCGCUGUCUUGCGCGGUGCGAGCCAGGUGUAUGUGGUGGAUUGUGUGCGCGAGCGCUUGGCGGCGGCGGAGAAAAUCGGCUGCGUGGCUGUGGACUUUUCAAAGGUGGAUGCGGUGCCAUUCAUCGUGGAGAAGAAUGGCGGUAUGGUGGAUAGGAGUGUGGAUGCGGUGGGCUAUCAGGCUUCGGCGGUGGAUGGGAAGAAAGAAGCCCCGUCUAUUGUGCUGGAGAAUUGUAUCAUGGUCACUCGACCGACGGGGGGUAUCGGUGUCCCGGGCCUUUACGUACCAAGUGAUCCUGGAGCACCGGAUAGCAACAGUGGAAGUGGGAAACUGUUGAUAAGUUUUGGAAAGUUGUUUGAAAAGGGUCUCACAAUCGGAACUGGUCAAUGUAACGUCAAGACCUACAAUCGUUACCUCCGAGAUAUGAUUAUUUCGGGGCGUGCAAAGCCUUCUUUUGUUGUGUCGCAUGAGAUUGGCAUUGAUGAAGCGCCGGGCGCUUAUGUCAAGUUUGACAAGAGAGAAGACGGAUAUACCAAGGUUUUGAUUCACCCUAAUGGCCCAGUAGCCUAG